GGCCCUCCACCGGUUUCUAACUUGGGGGUUAAUUAACGGAUAACUAUACUUUGGUUGCUGGGGGUUACAAGUGACUUUUCGUCACCCCCCCCCCCCAUUCGGGCCGCGUUCUUCAUUCGUACCUUGGGAGGGGAGUCGGUUGCGCACCCGCCAGUAGGAAAUCCAGAUCUCUGACCCUUCUGGCCGGUCAGGGAUGUGCUGGGAAACCCCAAUACGUGCGUGUGGUUGUGCAAUAUAUCUUACAUAUUGGUAUCAUGGGCUAGAGUUAUGGACCGAUCCAUCAUCGGCUCGCCGACACUCGUGGGCCGAUCGGAUUCCUACGUCUGUUCGCUCGUCCAGAAUCGGCUGAAGUAUCAAGAAGCAAUGCCGCGAAUCGCUGCGCUACUCGUAGCGUCGGCUUGCAAGGCUGCUGCUUCUUCCGUCUCACUUCUUUCUCCGAAUCCCUUGGUGUCGGGAUAUUUACGGAUGAUUGUACACACACGCCGCGGCCUAACGGAGGCUGCUUCAGCUGGUCCCAUGGUCCCAGCCACAAUGCUACUGCGUGCUUCGGUCAUACCUGGUUCCAUGACCGAGUCGGAGUUACUGGUGAGCGAGAGCAGGCAUUGCGUUUGGCAACCUCCAAAUACUGGAUGCACACUAGUCGGCCUAUCGGGCAAGUGCAUUCUCAGCCGACCAUACGCAGGGUUGAAUUCCCCUCCAUGCUCCACACUGAGCGAGGACUCCACCGACUGCGGUCAGGGUUGCGUCUCUGCUCCACCGUGUCCAUUGCAGGUUAACCCGACUCCCUUCCGUCCAAGCCCCAAUCACUUUGCACGGGGUGCCCAACAAUGUAGUUUACGCCCUUUCUGCCCUUUUUCGUAGUCUGGAUCGCCGUUGUAGAUCCCGGCUUUUCAACAAUGGGCUACAUGGCGGAGGAACCGGUUCAAUUCCAGAUUCCAUAUGAAGCUUUCGCAACUUCCAGUUUUUGGGUUUCCAGGAACCAGGAAUCACCUUUUUAUUUGCGUUGGUCACUCACUGUCUUCGGUGGCAGGACCUUUUGAUGAGCUGAAAAAAUCAGAUCAACGAGACAAAAAUAUCCCAGGGGGGGAAAC